CCCCUGCGCGCCGAGGUGCGCGCGCCCGCGCGUAUGUGUGUGAGUGCGUGUCCUGCUCGCUCCAUGUUGCCGCCUCUCCCGGUACCUGCUGCUGCUGCUGCUGCUCCCGGGGCUGCGGGAAAUGCGAGAGGCUGAGCCGGGGAGGAGGAACCCGAGCAGCAGCGGCGGCGGCGGCGGCGGCGGGAGGAGCCCCCCAGGAGGAGGACCGGGAUCCAUGUGUCUUUCCUGGUGACUAGGAUGUCGUCGGAGGAGGACAAGAGCGCGGAGCAGCCGCAGCCGCCGCCACCACCCCCCGAGGAGCCCGGAGCCCCGGCCCCGAGCCCCGCAGCCGCAGACAAAAGACCUCGGGGCCGGCCUCGCAAAGAUGGCGCUUCCCUUUUCCAGAGAGCCAGAAAGAAGCCUCGAAGUCGAGGAAAAACCGCAGCGGAAGAUGAGGACAGCAUGGAUGGACUGGAGACAACAGAAACAGAAAAUAUUGUGGAAACAGCAGAAAUCAAAGAACAGUCAGCAGAAGAGGAUGCUGAAGCAGAAGCGGACAGCAGCAAGCAGCCGGUCCCAGCCCUUCAGCGCUCUGUGUCUGAGGAAUCUGCAAGUUCCCUGGUCUCUAUUGGUGUGGAAGCCAAAAUCAGUGAACAGCUCUGUGCUUUUUGUUACUGUGGUGAAAAAAGUUCCUUAGGACAAGGAGACUUAAAACAAUUUAGAGUAACGCCUGGGUUUAUUUUGCCCUGGAAAAAUCAGCCUUCUAACAAGAAAGACAUUGAUGACAACAGCAAUGGAACUUGUGAGAAAACACAAAACUCAGCACCACGAAAACAAAGAGGACAGAGAAAGGAACGGCCUCAGCAGAGUGUCGUGACUUGUGUCAGUGUGAGCACGCAGACUGCUUCAGACGAUCAGCCUGGUAAACUGUGGGAUGAACUCAGUCUGGUUGGCCUUCCCGAUGCCAUUGAUGUCCAAGCCUUAUUUGAUCCUACAGGCACUUGUUGGGCUCACCACCGUUGUGUGGAGUGGUCACUGGGGGUGUGCCAGAUGGAAGAACCGUUAUUAGUGAACGUGGACAGAGCUGUUGUCUCAGGGAGCACAGAACGAUGUGCAUUUUGUAAGCACCUUGGAGCCACUAUCAAAUGCUGUGAAGAGAAAUGCACGCAGAUGUACCAUUAUCCUUGUGCUGCUGGAGCCGGCACCUUUCAGGAUCUCAGUCACUUCUUCCUUCUUUGUCCAGAACACAUUGACCAAGCUCCUGAGAGAUCAAAGGAAGAUGCAAACUGUGCAGUGUGCGACAGCCCGGGAGACCUCUUAGAUCAGUUCUUUUGUACUACUUGUGGUCAGCACUAUCAUGGAAUGUGCCUGGAUAUAGCGGUCACUCCAUUAAAACGGGCAGGUUGGCAAUGUCCUGAGUGCAAAGUGUGCCAGAACUGCAAACAAUCGGGAGAAGAUAGCAAGAUGCUAGUGUGUGAUACGUGUGACAAAGGGUAUCAUACUUUUUGUCUUCAACCAGUUAUGAAAUCAGUACCAACCAAUGGCUGGAAAUGCAAAAAUUGCAGAAUCUGUGUGGAGUGCGGCACGCGCUCUAGUUCCCAGUGGCAUCACAGCUGCCUGGUCUGUGACAGUUGUUACCAGCAGCAGGAGAGCUUGUGUCCUUUCUGUGGGAAGUGCUACCACCCGGAACUGCAGAAAGACAUGCUUCACUGUAGUAUGUGCAAAAGAUGGGUUCACUUAGAAUGUGACAAGCCAGCAGAUCAUGAACUAGAUCUUCAGCUCCGAGAAGAGUACAUCUGUAUGUAUUGCAAACACUUAGCGGCUGAGAUGGACCCCUUGCAGCCAGGUGAAGAGGUGGAGAUGUCUGAGCUUCCUGCAGAUUAUAACAAUGAAAUGGAAGUUGAAGGCCCUGAAGACCACAUGGUAUUUCUGGAGCAAGCAGUUAAUAAAGAUGUUGCUGGUCAGGAGCCCACACCUGGAAUUGUUCCAGAUGCAGUUCACGUCCAUCCUGGAGAGCAGCAGAGGAGUAAUCCAGCAGAAAGUUGUGACGUGCGUGGACUUCUCGUUUCUGAAUCAUCCCAAGAUAAAAUGAAUCCUGAAUCGGAAAAUCAGAUUUCUCGUGAAGUUGAUGGUGAAGCAUUAGAGAUGUGUCCGAAAGUGACGCGUACUUGUGAAUGUCCAAGUGAGAAUAGCAUGGAAGUGACCGAGAGCGUUGAAGCCCUCCCUCCCCAGCUGGUUGUGCUGCAGGAGGAAGUGCAGUCGCUGGAGGAGCCAAAUGUGGUGGUGUCGCCGGAAGAGUCUCGGCCUCCGGAAGUCACCAUGGAGUCUGUCAUUCUCCCUUUAGAGACCUUAGUGUCCCCAGAUGGGGAAAGCACUUCUUUAUGCUCUACAGAACACUUGGCUGUAGAAAGGGAACAGAGAGAAAACCCUGAGCCUUCUGCAUUUAUGGACUUGGAAGAGGCUCCUGCAGUUGAAAGUCAAGUGAAAGAUGGCUUAUGCCAAGAGGGCAGAUCUGUACAACGAUCAUCUGAGACCGAGCCAUCGUCUUCCUCAGCAGCGGACACAAGCAAGGCUCACGUGUCUUCCUCUCCAGCACUUUCUUCCGACUUGCCUUCCCAUGACAUGCUGCACAGUUACCCUUCCACUCCCAACGCCUCUGUUGGAAACAUCCUGCCAACCACGUACAUCUCAGUCACCCCCAAAAUUGGCAUGGGCAAACCAGCUAUUACCAAAAGGAAGUUUUCUCCUGGUAGACCUCGGUCCAGACAGGGGGCUUGGAGUACCCAUAAUACAGUGAGCCCACCUUCCUGGUCCCCAGACAUUUCAGAAGGUCGGGAAAUUUUUAAACCCAGGCAGCUUCCUGGCAGUGCCAUUUGGAGCAUCAAAGUGGGCCGGGGGUCUGGAUUUCCAGGAAAGCGGAGACCUCGUGGUGCAGGACUGUCUGGACGAGGCGGCCGCGGCAGAUCAAAAUUGAAAAGUGGAAUCGGGGCGGUCGUGUUACCUGGGGUGUCUGCUGCAGAUAUUUCAUCAAAUAAGGAUGAAGAAGAAAACUCUAUGCACAAUACAGUUGUGUUGUUUUCUAGUAGUGACAAGUUCACUUUGCAUCAGGAUAUGUGUGUAGUUUGUGGCAGUUUUGGCCAAGGAGCAGAGGGAAGAUUACUUGCCUGUUCUCAGUGUGGUCAGUGUUACCAUCCAUACUGUGUCAGUAUUAAGAUCACUAAAGUGGUUCUGAGCAAGGGCUGGCGGUGCCUUGAGUGCACCGUGUGUGAGGCCUGUGGGAAGGCGACGGACCCAGGACGGCUCCUGCUGUGCGACGACUGUGACAUCAGCUACCACACCUACUGCCUCGACCCUCCGCUGCAGACCGUUCCCAAAGGAGGCUGGAAGUGCAAAUGGUGUGUGUGGUGCAGACACUGUGGAGCUACGUCUGCAGGUCCGAGAUGCGAGUGGCAGAACAACUACACCCAGUGUGCCCCCUGUGCGAGCUUGUCCGCCUGCCCCGUCUGCUGCCGGAACUACAGAGAGGAGGACCUGAUUCUGCAGUGUAGACAGUGUGACAGGUGGAUGCAUGCAGUUUGUCAGAACUUCAGUACUGAAGAGGAAGUGGAGAACGUAGCAGACAUUGGCUUCGAUUGUAGCCUGUGCAGACCCUAUAUGCCUACAUCAAACGUGCCUUCCUCAGACUGCUGUGAAUCUUCACUUGUAGCACAAAUUGUCACAAAAGUGAAAGAACUAGAUCCACCCAAGACCUACACCCAGGAUGGGGUGUGUUUGACGGAAUCAGGGAUGACUCAGUUACAGAGCCUCACAGUUACUGUUCCAAGAAGAAAACGGUCAAAACCAAAGUUGAAGUUGAAGAUCAUAAAUCAGAAUAGUGUGGCUGUCCUUCAGACCCCUCCAGACAUCCAGUCAGAGCAUUCCAGGGACGGCGAAAUGGACGACAGUCGAGAAGCAGAACUUAUGGAUUGUGAUGGAAAAUCAGAAUCUAGUCCUGAACGAGAAGCUGUGGAUGAUGAAACUAAGGGGCCAGAAGGAACGGAGGGUGUCAAAAAGAGAAAAAGGAAACCGUACAGACCAGGUAUUGGUGGAUUUAUGGUACGACAAAGAAGUCGAACUGGGCAAGGAAAAACCAAAAGAUCUGUGAUCAGAAAGGAUUCCUCAGGCUCCAUUUCCGAGCAAUUACCCAGCAGAGAUGAUGGCUGGAGUGAGCAGUUACCAGAUACCUUAGUUGAUGAAUCUGUUUCUGUUAAUGAAAACACUGAAAAAAUAAAGAAGAGAUACCGAAAAAGGAAAAAUAAGCUGGAAGAAAUUUUCCCUGCCUAUUUACAAGAAGCUUUCUUUGGAAAAGAUCUUCUGGAUACAACAAGACAAAACAAACUAAGUUUAGAUAAUCUAUCAGAAGACACAACCCAGCUUUCUUAUAAAACAAACACAAACACCAAUUUCUUGGAUCCUUCUUUAGACCCACUACUUAGUUCAUCCUCAACGCCAGCAAAACCCGGAGCUCACGGUCCUGCUGAUGACCCCUUAGCUGACAUUUCCGAAGUCUUAAACACAGAUGAUGACAUUCUUGGAAUAAUUUCAGAUGACCUUGCAAAAUCAGUUGAUCAUUCAGGUCUUGAUUUAUGCACUUUCCAGGUUGAGAGCUCACCUUGUGCAUUUGCUGGAAUAGACGUUGGUCCGGUUGCUGAUGACCCUUCGUCUCUGCCUCAGCCAACUGUGGGUCAGAGUUCACGGCCUCUAAGUGAAGAGCAGCUCGAUGGCAUCCUCAGCCCUGAACUUGACAAGAUGGUCACAGACGGAGCAAUUCUCAGCAAGUUGUAUAAAAUCCCAGAGCUCGGGGGCAAGGACGUGGAAGACUUGUUUACCGCGGUGCUCAGUCCUGCCGCCGUGCCGCCGCCCCCCGUGCCGCAGCCCCCUGCGCCCCCGCUGCUGCCCGUGCACGGCCAGGGUACGUCGCCUCUAGACAAGUGUCAUGUUUUUUCACGGAUGCCACUCAUGAACGGCCUCAUUGGACCCAGUCCUCACCUCCCGCACAAUUCUUUACCUCCCGGAAGUGGACUGGGAACUUUCCCUGCCGUAGCACAAUCCCCCUAUGCCGAUGCCAGGGAUAAAAAUCCGGCGUUUAAUCCAAUGGCUGGUGAUCCUAGCAACUCAUGGACGACAUCGGCUCCCCCUGUGGAGGGAGAAAAUGACACGCUGUCAAAUGCCCAGAGGAGCACGCUGAAGUGGGAGAAGGAGGAGGCCCUGGGUGAAAUGGCAAUGGUAGCUCCAGUCCUCUACACGAAUAUCAAUUUCCCCAACCUGAAGGAAGAGUUCCCGGACUGGACGACUAGAGUGAAGCAAAUUGCCAAGUUGUGGAGAAAAGCAAGUUCACAGGAGAGAGCACCAUAUGUGCAAAAAGCCAGAGAUAACAGAGCUGCUUUACGCAUUAAUAAAGUACAGAUGUCAAAUGAUUCCAUGAAAAGGCAGCAACAGCAAGACAGCAUCGAUCCCAGCUCUCGCAUAGAUUCGGAUCUUUUUAAAGAUCCACUAAAGCAAAGAGAAUCGGAACAUGAACAGGAAUGGAAGUUCAGACAGCAAAUGCGUCAGAAAAGCAAGCAGCAGGCUAAGAUCGAAGCCACGCAGAAGCUGGAGCAGGUGAAGAGCGAGCAGCAGCAGCAGCAGCAGCAGUUCGGCACUCAGCCCGCGAUGGGCCUGUCCGGCUCUGACACGCCCAGUAGUGGGAUCCAGAGUCCCCUGACCCCGCAGCCCGGCAAUGGAAGUCUGUCUCCCGCCCAGUCAUUCCACAAGGACCUGUUUACAAAGCCGCUGCCCAGCACCCCCGCUCCCGCCUCCUCAGAUGACGUGUUUGUGAAGCCACAAGCUCCCCCGCCUCCCCCGGCACCCUCGCGGCUGUCGGUGCAAGAGAGUCUGUCUCAGGCUCAGCCUUCUCAGCCCCCGUCCCCACAGGUGUUUUCCCCUGGAUUGUCUAACUCCCGACCCCCGUCUCCAGUGGACCCUUACGCGAAAAUGGUGGGUACCCCACGGCCGCCUCCCGGGGGCCAUGGCUUUCCCAGAAGAAACUCCGCGCCUGCAGAGAGCUGUGGGCCGCUGGCGUCGGGCUCCAGGCCGCCUCAGAUGGGCGAGGCCGCGGCCAACCGGCCGUCCCCGGUCCGAGAGGCAUGCACCGCCUCUGCGGCAGGCAGUGACCCCUAUGCAAAGCCUCCAGACACCCCUCGGCCUGUGAUGACAGAGCCAUUUCCCAAGCCCCUUGGCCUGCCCCGGUCUCCUGCCGUUUCUGAGCAGACCUCACAAGGCCCUCUCGCCCCUGGCACCAGUGACCACUUCCCCAAACCAUCUCGGGCAGAUGCGUUUCAGAGACAGCGGAUCCCUGACCCGUAUGCUCGACCCUUGUUGACACCUGCUCCUCUCGAUGGUGGUCCCGGCCCUUUUAAAGCUCCGAUGCAGCCCCCUCCUCCCUCCCAGGAUCCUUAUGGGCCAGUGUCCCAGGCACCAAGGCGAUUGUCCAUCGACCCUUAUGAAAGGCCUGCGUUGACACCACGACCUGUAGACGGCUUUUCUCAUAACCAGUCCAGUGAUCCCUAUAGCCAGCCUCCCCUCACCCCACAUCCAGCAAUGAAUGAAUCUUUCUCCCAUCCCUCGAGGGCUUUUUCCCAGCCUGGACCCAUAUCAAGGCCAACAUCUCAGGACCCGUAUUCCCAGCCUCCAGGAACUCCACGACCUGUUGUAGAUUCCUAUUCCCAGCCCCCAGGAACAUCUCGCUCCAACCCAGACCCCUAUUCUCAACCUCCUGGAACUCCCCGGCCUACCACAAUGGAUCCAUAUAGUCAGCAGCCGCCAACCCCACGGCCAUCUGCACAAGCAGACUUAUUUGCUACAUCUGCAGCCAGUCAGAGGCAUUCUGACCCAUAUGCUCAUCCUCCUGGAACGCCAAGACCUGGAAUGUCUGUUCCUUACUCACAAACACCAGCAGCACCACGGCCAAGGAUUUCAGAGGGUUUUACUAGGUCUUCAACAAGACCAGCCCUCAUGCCAAACCAGGAUCCUUUCCUGCAAGCACAUACUCGAGGAGCAGCCUUACCUGGCCCUCUGGUAAGGCCGCCUGAUGCUUGUUCCCAGACUCCCAGGCCGCCUGGUCCUGGUCUUUCAGACACUUUUAGCCGUGUUUCCCCAUCUGCUCCCCGUGACCCCUACGAUCAGCCUCCCAUGACUCCAAGACCGCAGCCUGAUGCUUUUGGAACAAGUCAGGUUGCCCAUGAUGUUGCUGAUCAGCCACGGCCUGGGUCUGAGGGAAGCUUUGGGGCACCUUCCAACGCGCCCAUGACUCCACAAGGCCAGCAGUUCUCCAGCGUCUCCCAGCUUCCCGGACCCGUACCCACCUCAGGGGUCACUGACACGCAGAGCACUGUCAACAUGUCCCAGGCUGAUACAGAGAAAUUGAGACAGCGACAGAAGCUCCGUGAGAUCAUCCUCCAGCAGCAGCAGCAGAAGAAGAUGGCUGGUCGGCAGGAGAAGGGGACCCAGGACCCAGGAGCAGUGCCCCACCCGGGGCCCCCGCCACACUGGCAGCCAGAGAGCGUCGGCCAGGCGUUUGCCCGGCCUCCACCCCCAUACCCUGGGAGCAUCAGGUCUCCCAUGGUCCCUCCUCUGGGACCUCGAUACACCGUUUUCCCGAAGGAGGCCCGUGGAGUCUAUCCUGAUGUCAGCGGUAUGGGGAUGAGGCCACAUGGAUUCAGGUUUGGAUUUCCAGGAGGUGGUCAUGGCACCUUGUCAGGUCAGGAACGCUUCCUUGUACCUCCUCAACAAAUGCAAGGAUCUGGAGUUCCUCCACAGCUCAGAAGGUCUCUAUCUGUAGAUAUGCCCAGGCCUUUAAAUAACUCACCAAUGAAUAAUCCCGGUGGACUUCCUGCACAUUUUCCAGCACAGAGCCUGCCAGUUCAGCAGCAUAACAUACUGGGCCAGGCCUUCAUUGAGCUGAGGCACCGGGCCCCGGACGGGAGGCCCCGGCUGCCGUUCCCUGCUGCUCCUAGCAACAUCAUUGAGGCAUCCUCCCAUCCCCGCCAUGGAAGCUUCAUUCCCCGGCCGGACUUCCCAGGCCCCAGACACCCAGACCCCAUGAGACGACCCUCCCAAGGUCUCCCUCCUCAGCUGCCCAUGCACCCAAAUUUGGAGCAAGUGCCACCAUCUCAGCAAGAGCAGAGCCAUGCUGUCCAUUCGUCUGCUGUGGUCAUGAGGUCUCUGAGUCAUCCCUUGGGUGGUGAGUUCUCAGAGGCCCCUUUGUCAGCCUCUGUGCCAGCUGAAAUGACAUCUGAAAAUUUACAGAUAACUGCCCAGCCUUCUGAUGGUCUCGAAGAAAAGCUUGAUUCUGAUGACCCGUCUGUCAAAGAACUCGAUGUUAAAGACCUCGAAGGGGUUGAAGUCAAAGACUUAGAUGACGAGGAUCUUGAAAAUUUAAACCUGGAUACAGAGGACGGCAAGGGGGACGAAUUGGAUACUCUGGGGAAUUUGGAAGCUAAUGACCCCAACCUGGAUGACCUUUUACGGUCGGGAGAGUUCGAUAUCAUCGCGUAUACAGACCCGGAACUUGACCUGGGAGACAAGAAAAGCAUGUUCAAUGAGGAACUGGACCUCAGUGUCCCAAUUGAUGACAAGUUAGAUAAUCAAUGUGUAUCUGUUGAACCCGAAAAAAAGGAGCAAGACAACAAAAGUGUGGUUCCUUCUGAUAAGCCUUCUCCUUGGAAAAAAUCCACUGUCAGCAGUGAGAUAAAAACGGAAGUACUGUCUCCAGAUUCUAAAGGGGAAGCCAAAUGUGAAAGUGAGAAAAGUGAGGAGGGUAAAGAUACCGUUGACCCCCACUGCCCGCCGGCCUCUGCCCCUCUGGACAGGACUGAUGGGGACAAGGCUCUUGUGCAGCCCUGCGAUGCAGACCUGCUGGAGAAGAGGGCUACCCAAGAAACGCCUGGCUCCAACCCCGGUGCGGCUUGUGGGGCCCCUCAGCUGCCUGCUGAGGAUGCUGUCACCUCGUGUGGCGUCCCUGGGCCAACUCCAGUUCUCUCAAGUUUACUUGCUAACGAAAAACCUGAUACUGCAGACAUGAGGCCGUUGGCAUCUCCAGCACCAACUUUGCCGGCCUCCCCAUCCGGCCAUGUGUCAAGUUUGCCUCCCCCUCUGAUGACACCGCCUGGUCAUGUUUUGGAUAAUACCAUUAAUUCUAACGUGGCAGUAGUCCCUCGACUAAACCAUGCUUUCCCUCAGGGUGUGCAGGUAAACCCAGGCUUCAUUCAGGGUCAGCCGCCAGUAAACCACAGUUUUGGGACAGGCAAACUUGCCAGUCAGCCUGUGCCGCUGACGAGUCAGCCUGGGACCAGUGGCAUGUCUGGAGCCCAGCAGCUAAUGAUCCCUCAGACGUUAGCCCCGCAGAGCAGAGAGAGGCCCCUUCUUCUGGAGGAGCAGCCGCUACUUCUACAGGAUCUUUUGGAUCAAGAGAGACAAGAACAGCAGCAGCAGAGACAGAUGCAGGCCAUGAUCCGUCAGCGGUCUGAGCCAUUCUUCCCUAAUAUCGAUUUUGAUGCAAUUACAGAUCCUAUAAUGAAAGCCAAAAUGGUGGCCCUUAAGGGCAUAAAUAAAGUAAUGGCACAAAACAAUAUGGGCAUGCCACCAAUGGUUAUGAACAGGUUCCCCUUCAUGGGCCAGGCAGUGACCGGGACACAGAGUGGGGACGGCCAGACCCUCCUGCCACAGGCCGUUGCUCAGGAUGGCAGUAUAACACAUCAGAUUUCUAGGCCUAAUCCUCCAAAUUUUGGUCCAGGCUUUGUCAAUGAUUCACAACGUAAACAGUACGAAGAAUGGCUUCAGGAGACCCAACAGCUUCUUCAGAUGCAGCAGAAAUAUCUUGAAGAACAAAUCGGCGCACACAGGAAAUCCAAGAAGGCCCUUUCAGCUAAGCAGCGUACUGCCAAAAAGGCUGGGCGAGAGUUCCCGGAGGAGGACGCCGAGCAGCUCAAGCAUGUCACUGAGCAGCAGAGCAUGGUUCAGAAGCAGCUGGAACAGAUUCGUAAACAACAGAAAGAGCAUGCUGAGUUGAUUGAAGAUUACCGGAUUAAGCAGCAGCAAUGUGCAAUGGCCCCCCCGCCCACCGCUCUGCCUGGUGUCCAGCCCCAGCCGCCGCUGGUCCCGGGUGCGCCCCCGCCUGCCAUGAGCCAGCCCAGCUUCCCCAUGGCGCCCCCGCAGCUUCAGCACCCUGCGGUCAUGCCUGGCCACACCAGCCCGGCCAGAAUGCCCAGCUUACCUGGGUGGCAGCCUCCCAGUGCUGCUCCUCACCUCCCUCUCAACCCUCCUAGGAUUCAGCCUCCGGUUGCACAGUUACCAAUAAAAACUUGCACACCAGCCCCAGGGGCUGUGUCAAAUGCAAAUCCCCAGAGUGGACCGCCACCACGGGUGGAAUUUGACGACAAUAACCCGUUCAGUGAAAGUUUUCAAGAACGAGAACGUAAGGAACGUCUCCGGGAACAGCAGGAGAGACAGCGGAUCCAGCUCAUGCAGGAAGUCGACAGACAGAGGGCUUUGCAGCAGCGGCUGGAGCUGGAGCAGCACAGCCUGAUGGGCUCGGAGCUGAGCAGCCGGCCGCCGGCGCCCCAGCUCCCGUUCUACGGCUCGGACCUUCCCCGCGACUUUGUGCCGCCCCCGCGGCCCCUCCCGCCGUCCCCGCAGCACCAGAUGGGGCAGGCGGUGCAGCCCCAGAGCAUGCAGCAGGCCUCUCUUAGUUCACCCCCUACCCCAGGUUUCCUGCAGACCAACGAGAGAAGACCGACAGGACCGCCCUCCUUUGUUCCCGAGUCGCCCUCUAUUCCGGGGGGAAGCCCGAGUUUCCACCCCGUGAAGCAGGUCCACGCAGGUCUUCCCGGGCCCGGGUUCCAGCCGUCCCCCGCGAGGCCGCCGUUCACACCUGCUCUCCCCACGGCACCCCCCACGGCCAGCAGCAGUCUCCCCGGCAGCCAGGACCCGGCCAUCACCCAGGGGCAGAGCUACCCGGGCUCAGCGCAGUCGCUCAUCCAGCUGUAUUCUGACAUAAUCCCAGAAGAGAAAGGGAAAAAAAAGAGGACCCGGAAGAAGAAGAAGGACGAGGACACUGAGUCGGCCAAGGCGCCGUCCACCCCCCACUCGGAUGUCACCGCUCCGCCAACCCCAAGUGUCCCAGAAGCUACCUCCACACCUGCCGCGCCCGCACCCAGUGAGCCCCCGCAGCCAGCGGGACCCGAGGCGGCGGAGCCCACGGGCCUGUCCCCACCCGGCGUGGCAGCAGGCCCACUGUGCGCUGAGCCAGAGGCCCAGCCGCCCGGUGGGGACUUCGCACAGGGAAACCCAGAUCAGCAGACCUAUGCAGAGUCAGAGGUGGAGAAGCUCUCCGUGGAGACCCCCGCCCAAGAGGCGAAACUGGAGACCCCCGAGCUGGAGCAGGGCCCGGGCCGGGGGGCGCCCGAAGCUGAGCAGCUCCCCGGGGACCAGGCUGAGGAGCAGGCCGCGGCUGCCACCACCUGCCCCGCGCACAGCCCUCCCCGACCCGCCGGGGCUCCUGCUACCAAAGGGGACUCGGGCAAUGAGCUUCUGAAGCACCUGCUGAAAAAUAAAAAGGCAUCUUCCCUUUUAAAUCAGAAACCCGAAGGUGGUUUUUGUUCAGAAGAGGAUUCUACGAAGGACAGCAAACUGGUCGAGAGGCAGAACGCAGCUGACGUGCAAACUUUGGGGGCUCAAGUGCAAGGUGGUUUUGGAUGUGGCAGCAACCAGUUGCCAAAAACAGAUGGAGGAAGUGAAACCAAGAAACAGCGAAGCAAAAGGACUCCGAGGACUGGGGAGAAAGCGGCGCCUCGGUCAAAGAAGAGGAAAAAGGAAGACGAGGAGAGACAAGCUCUGUACUCCACCGGCGACACCUUCACCCACCUCAAACAGCAGCUCUCUCUGCUCCCUCUAAUGGAACCGGUCAUUGGAGUGAACUUUGCCCACUUUCUUCCUUACGGCAGUGGCCAGUUUAAUAGUGGGAAUCGACUUCUAGGAGCUUUUGGCAGUGCCGCCCUUGAAGGGGUUUCGGAUUACUAUUCUCAGUUGAUCUACAAGCAGAAUAAUUUAAGUAAUCCUCCAACACCCCCUGCCUCUCUUCCUCCUACACCACCUCCUAUGGCUUGUCAGAAGAUGGCAAAUGGUUUUGCAACGACUGAAGAGCUUGCUGGAAAAGCUGGCGUGUUAGUGAGCCACGAAGUUACCAAAAGCUUAGGAUCUAAAGGGUUUCAGCUGCCGUUCAGACCACAAGACGACUUGCUGGCCAGAGCGAUUGCUCAAGGCCCUAAGACGGUGGAUGUUCCAGCCUCACUCCCAACUCCGCCUCAUAACAAUCAGGAGGAAUUAAGGAUGCAGGAGCACGGGGCAGAGCGGGACACCCCCGACAGCUUUGUCCCCUCGUCCUCCCCUGAGAGCGUGGUUGGGAUGGAAGUGAGCAGGUACCCGGACCUAUCGCUAGUCAAAGAGGAGCCCCCGGAGCCCGUGCCGUCCCCCAUCAUCCCCAUCCUUCCCAGCAAUGCCGGCAGAGGCUUGGAAUCCAGAAGGAAUGACAUCAAAACUGAGCCAGGCACUUUAUUUUUCACGUCACCUUUUGGCUCAUCCCCAAACGGUCCCAGGUCGGGUCUGAUAUCUGUGGCAAUCACCCUGCACCCUACAGCUGCUGAGAACAUUAGCAGUGUUGUGGCUGCAUUUUCCGACCUCCUCCAUGUUCGGAUUCCUAACAGCUACGAGGUUAGUAAUGCUCCAGAUGUUCCAUCCGUGGGUUUGGUCAGUAGCCACAGAGUAAACCCAGGUUUGGAGUAUCGACAGCGUGUAUUUCUUCGUGGGCCUCCACCAGGAUCUGCGCGCCCUCCCAGGCUAGCCAGCUCUUUCCACCUGAAGCAGCCUAGCACGCCGCUCCCUCCGGCAAGCAAUGGUCUCUCGGGAUACAAGGAUGCCGGGCACGGUAUCUCAGAGAGCACGGCGCUCAGGCCCCAGUGGUGCUGUCACUGCAAAGUGGUCAUUCUGGGGAGCGGCGUGAGGAAGUCGGCCAGAGAUCUGGCCUUUGUCAACAAGGGUUCCCGAGAUGGCCCCAGUAGAGUGGAGAAGGACAUUGUCUUCUGUAGUAACAACUGCUUUAUUCUCUAUUCAUCAACUACACAAGCAAAAAACUCAGAAAGCAAGGAGUCCGUCCCCUCGUUGCCACAGUCACCUGUACAAGAGCUGCCUUCCAGAGCGCCACAUCAGUACAGUAACAACACCUCCACGCUAGACGUGCACUGUCUGCCACAGCUCCAGGAGAAAGCCUCGCCCCCGGCGUCCCCUCCCAUCUCUUUCCCUCCUGCUUUUGAAGCGGCCAAAGUGGAGGCAAAGCCUGAUGAGCUUAAGGUCACAGUCAAGCUAAAGCCUCGGCUGAGGACUGUCCAUGGUGGGCUUGAAGACUGUAGGCCGACCCCCAAGAAGUGGAGGGGCAUGAAGUGGAAGAAGUGGAGCAUCCACAUCGUGGUCCCCAAGGGGGCCUUCAAGCCCCCCUGCGAGGAGGAGAUCGACGAGUUCCUGAAGAGGCUGGGCACCUCCCUGAAGCCCGACCCUGUGCCCAAGGACUUCCGCAAGUGCUGCUUCUGCCACGAAGAGGGCGACGGGCUGACGGAUGGGCCUGCGAGGCUGCUCAACCUCGACCUGGACCUGUGGGUCCACCUGAACUGUGCACUGUGGUCCACGGAGGUCUAUGAGACCCAGGCUGGCGCCCUGAUCAACGUGGAGCUGGCCCUGCGGAGGGGCCUGCAGAUGAAGUGCGUCUUCUGCCACAAGACGGGGGCCACGGGCGGCUGUCACCGGUUCCGCUGCACCAACAUUUAUCACUUCACUUGCGCCAUUAAAGCACAAUGCAUGUUUUUUAAAGAUAAAACUAUGCUUUGCCCCGUGCACAAACCAAAGGGCCUCCACGAGCAGGAGCUGAGCUACUUCGCCGUCUUCAGGAGGGUGUACGUGCAGCGCGACGAGGUGCGGCAGAUCGCCAGCAUCGUGCAGCGCGGGGAGCGUGAGCACACCUUCCGCGUGGGCAGCCUCGUCUUCCACGCCAUCGGCCAGCUGCUCCCGCAGCAGAUGCCGGCCUUCCACUCCCCCACGGCGCUCUUCCCCGUGGGCUACGAGGCCAGCCGGCUCUACUGGAGCACGCGCUACGCCAACCGCCGCUGUCGCUACCUCUGCUCCAUCGAGGAGAAGGACGGCCGGCCCGUGUUCGUCAUCCGGGUCGUGGAGCAGGGCCACGAGGACCUCGUCUUGAGUGACACCUCGCCCAAAGGUGUUUGGGAUAAAAUUUUGGAGCCCGUGGCCUGUGUGAGGAAAAAAUCCGAAAUGCUGCAGCUUUUCCCAGCCUAUCUGAAAGGGGAGGACCUAUUUGGCCUGACCGUCUCUGCAGUGGCACGGAUCGCGGAGUCACUCCCUGGGGUUGAGGCCUGUGAAAACUACACCUUCCGGUAUGGCCGGAACCCCCUCAUGGAGCUGCCGCUGGCCGUCAACCCCACAGGUUGUGCGCGUUCCGAACCUAAAAUGAGUGCCCAUGUCAAGAGGUUUGUGUUAAGGCCUCACACCCUGAACAGCACCAGCACCUCCAAGUCCUUCCAGAGCACCGUCACGGGGGAGCUGAGCGCACCCUACAGCAAGCAGUUCGUCCACUCCAAGUCGUCGCAGUACCGCAAGAUGAAGACCGAGUGGAAGUCCAACGUCUACCUGGCCCGGUCCCGCAUCCAGGGGCUGGGCCUGUACGCUGCCCGGGACAUCGAGAAGCACACCAUGGUCAUCGAGUACAUCGGGACCAUCAUUCGGAACGAGGUCGCCAACAGGAAGGAGAAGCUCUACGAGUCCCAGAACCGAGGCGUGUACAUGUUCCGCAUGGACAGUGACCACGUGAUUGACGCCACGCUCACGGGAGGGCCUGCCAGGUACAUCAACCACUCGUGUGCGCCCAACUGCGUGGCGGAGGUGGUGACCUUCGAGCGCGGCCACAAGAUCAUCAUCAGCUCCAGUCGGAGAAUCCAGAAAGGAGAAGAGCUGUGCUAUGACUAUAAGUUUGACUUUGAGGACGACCAGCACAAGAUCCCCUGUCACUGUGGGGCCGUGAACUGCCGCAAGUGGAUGAACUGACGCGACCCCGCGCCUCGGAGGGCGGCUCGUCCCUAGGAAGAAGCGAGUCCACGCACCAUUGGGAUUUCGCAGACAGAAAAGAGGUUUUUGUUUUCUGUUUUAUGACUUUUUUGAAAACUAGCUCCUGGGAGUCCUGAUUUCCUUGGAACUUCAGUUAAGUUGGGAGCACCAGGAGGAAGCCGACCGAGGCCACUUGACCCGAGCUGCCGAGGUCGAAGAUUUACAGAAUGGUCCAGCACUUUUUUUUGUUGUUUCCUUUUCCUUUCUUUCUUCUUUCUUUCUGUGGGUGGGUUUUGUUUCCUUUCGUUUUAGUCUCACUAAGGAGAAACUUUUACUGGGGCAAAGAGCCGACGGCUGCCCUGCCCCAGGGCGGGGCCUUCCUAUGAAUGUAAGACUGAGAUCACCAGCGAGAGGGAGAUGUCCAAAGUGCUGGCCACGGCCUUAUCUGAGAAAGGGGCAGGCCCUCUGACUUAAGAGUUUUUUAAAACUAAAGUAGACACCACUGAACAAGGAAUGUACUGAAAUGACUUCCUUAGGAAUAGAGCUAAGGGACAAUAACUUGCACUAAAAUACAUUUAAAUACUUGAUUCCAUGAGUCAGUUUAUUGUAGUUUUUGAUUUCUGUAAAAUAAGAGAAACUUUUUGUAUUUAUUAUUGAAUAAGUGAAUGAAGCUAUUUUUAAAUAAAAGUUAGAAGAAAGCCAAGCUGCUGCUGUUACCUGCAAAACUAACAAACCCUGUUACUUUGUACAAACAUGUAAAUAUUUUGAGAAAAAAAAUACAGUAUAAAAAUAGUUAUUGACCAAAUGCUACCAGGCUCUGCAGCAGCUCGGGUGCUUAUAAAAUGUUCAUAGGGAUGUUACAAUAUAAUUUUGUUAUUAAAUAUGCCAUUAUAAUUAUGUAAUAACCAAAAUUUCCACCUAGAGUGUUUGGGGUUUUUUGGAAACUACAGUCUAUUAGUACUUACUUGUUUUAUACACCUUACUUCUGAUAGAACGGAGUGUAUGCUAUGACUACAACUUUUAUAGCCGUUUUGGUAACUUAAACUAAUUUUUUCACAUUAUAUUGUUGCAUCCCUACUUCUUCAGUCAGGUUUUUUGUGCUUUUACAAUUUGUGAUAACUGUGAAUAACUGCUUAAAAACACCCCCAAAUGGAAGCUGAAUUUUUCUUCAGCAAAAGUAGUUUUGAUUAGAACUUCGUUUCAAGCCACACACAAAACAAAAAUCAUGUAAACAUACUAGGAUCAUGUAGCAGGAACUCAAAUUGAACUCUCUAGCUUAUUUAACACAAAAAUUUGAAAAAAAAAAAAAAGAGAGAGAGAGAGAUGUGACUGCUUGCAACUGCAGGACCCCGGCAGUAGGGUUUGGAAGAUGUAAUUUUAAGAUGUGUUUGUAUGAACUGUUUGUUUACAUUUCUUUAAUUAAACACACACACACACACACUGUUUUGUGUUUGCUUGUAGAAACUUAAUCAGCAUUUUGAACCAGGUUAGCUCUUUAUUUUGUACUUAAAAUUCUGGUACUGACACUUCACAGGCUGAGUAUAAAAUGAAGUUUUUGUGUGCACAAUUCAAGUGGACUGUAAGCUGUUGGUAUAUCCAGUGAUGCAGUUCUGAACUUGUAAUGUAUAUGGCAUGAUGUAUUUUUAUCUUACAGAAUAAAUCAAUUGUAUAUAUUUUUCUCUUGAUAAAUAGCUGUAUGAAAUUUGUUUCUUGAAUAUUUUUCUUCUCUUGUACAAUAUUCUGACAUCCUACCAGUAUUUGUCCUCCCGGGUUUUUGUUUUGUUUUCUGUUCUGUAUAAUAGUAUCUCAUGUUGGCAAAAAUUGAAUUUUUUGAAGUAUACAGAGUGUUAUGGGUUUUGGAAUUUGUGGACACAGAUUUAGAAGAUCACCAUUUACAAAUAAAAUAUUUUACAUCUA